AUGCCAUCACCUUCGAAAUCCGACAGCCGCAAGGCGCCAAAGCUGGACGGCGACAGCUUUGUUGCAUUCGAUCAUGCUGCAGCUGGACAUGAUGGCGUUCGUUGUGAUCCGUCUGGCUCUUUGAUUGCGAAACCCUGCACGCGUGAGGAGAUCGCCUUCUAUGAGUCAAGUUCUCUUCAUCCCCAUUUCAGGGCUUUUAUGCCUACUUUUAUAGGAACUUUGUCAUCUGCAGACCAACAGCAGUCCCAGGCUCUCGCCCAAGCUCAGCAGGCGGGGGCUAUAGUUGUUCCGCCAUCUGACGCCCCAUCCUCGUCAAAUACACCAGUCAGUUCAGGAACUUCUCUGCCCGUUACCGACGCAUCAGGGCAGGGCACCCCUAUCCAGAAACAGGAUCCCUGGGUUCCAUCGGGCGGGCGUAAACUCGAAACAGGCCUGUCAAUCGUUCUGGAAAAUGUAGCAUCAGGCUUCAAGCGGCCAAACGUGUUGGAUGUGAAACUCGGGGCCCGAUUAUGGGCAGAUGAUGCUCCCCCGAGCAAGCGAGCAAAGCUCGAUGCUGUUUCUAAGGAAACAACAAGCUCGACGUUAGGAUUUCGGAUUGCUGGAAUGAAGGUCUGGACUGGUGGAAAGAAGGAAGGAGAAGAGGAAGAGCCUCUAGGUCAGACAGACCCGUAUGCCACCAAAUACGAGGCGUCUGAAGGCAAGAAAGGGGAAGUCAUUGAAAAAGGGGGCUACAAACGAUACGACAAAUGGUACGGUCGAUCCUUCAACGCUGAAAAUGUGAAAGAAGCCUUCGAGACUUUCUUGGCAGGCGCAAAAGCCAGCAAGGAAGACCGCUCGAAACUAAUAGCGCGAAGAAUCGCGGAGGAGUUAAGAUGUGUGCAGUCUGUCCUGGAGGCGGAGGAGAGCAGGAUGUACUCCGCCAGUGUUCUCAUUGUUUACGAAGGUGACUCCGAGGCCAUGGAGGAAGCUCUGGAAUACGAGAAAAACAGGAAAGAUGAUGAGGAGGAAGACGAAGAGGAAGAUGAAGACGGGGAGGAGUUUACCCUCCCUCAAGACGGGUCCCUGGAAGUUGUUGAUGUCAAGGUCGGAGACCAGACACUAGCUCAGGGCGCCCUCAAACUCGAUAUUGAUCCCGGAACCGCAGCAACAGAACUGGGGGAUCUUCAAGCCGAUGAUGAAGAGGAGCCACCCAAGGUUCAUGAUCUCCGUCUGAUCGACUUCGCGCAUGCGAGCUGGACUCCUGGACAAGGGCCAGAUGAGAACGUGCUUAUGGGCGUGAGAAGCCUUGUAAAAAUCAUGGAGGAUCUCGCGAAAGAAUAG